ACAUUUUCCUUCAAACAUCCCUGGCAUGUUUCACACCCUCUUUCAAUUACGUUUGCCAUUACCGUAUGCUGUAUUGAAAAGAUCUGCCAGCCUUCCAGAAUACCCGGACGCCUAGCCUUGGCAUAUGGGCUGAUACAGACUCGACACCAAUAUUUCGACUUCUUUCGCGAUGCAGACCCCGGUUUCUCGUUCUUCAUCUCCUCAGCCGUCAAUAUCGAUUUCUCCAACUCGUUUACUCGGCCAUCGCUCCCAUCAACCGUUCAAUGUCUCAGCCUUCCACCCAUACACGCUCUUCGAGAUCCGGUUAGAGAAUGACUUUGUUUUUCUUCGGGGCGCUGCGGAUGAGUCUGCGGCUCAGCUCCUCAAGGGUUUCCUCGUCCUCUGUCUGCAGUCGCCGCUGAGCGUAGAAGAUGUGCAUCUUGAACUGGUUGGCACUCUGCGUCAUUCUUGGACAGAUAUAGGCGUCUUGGGCUCCAAGAUCAACAUUCUACACCACCAAUGGACCUCGUUUAUCGGUGCAAAUGGCACCAACAAAACUCUUUCCGCUGGAAACUACGAAUGGCCUUUUGAAUACUUGCUGGCCGGCGAUGCCGCAGAGAGUAUCGAGGGUAUUCCCGAAGUAUACCUUACAUAUACCCUCAAAGCUAGUAUUAUCAGGAGCAAAUUCGCGCGGGAUCUCCAUGCUCGUAAGCAGCUUCGAAUAAUCCGGACUUUAUCCACAAACUCUUUGGAGUUUAUGUAUGCUAUGACCAUUGAAAACGUCUGGCUUAACAAACUCGACUACUCCAUCUCUAUUCCUUCCAAAGCCGCAGUUUUCGGGGGCUCAGUCCAGCUGAAAAUGCGCUUUACACCUCUUGUCAAGGGUCUUGAAAUAAAGAAUAUCACGGCAACCUUGUUGGAAAUCCGCGAAUGUCAUGUCCCAAACUUGACCUUCCCACACGACAAGAAGCAUCGCACCGAGCGCAUAGUGUCUACUUGGGAGUUCACGGUGUCAACGGAGGAAGAUUGGCAGAACACAAUUGAAGAAACUAGCCAAGAAGGUUGGGUUCUAACUAGGAUGCUUGAUCUCCCGGAAAAACUUGGAGAGUGCAUCCAAGACCUAGAUAUCCAUGGAAUCAAGGUUCGGCAUAAGAUCAAAGUGUUCGUUCCACUCAUCAACGCCGAUGGUCAUUGUUCCGAACUUGCAGUAGCUCUGCCAGUCUACAUCUUCAUCUCUCCGAAUAUGCCUCUCGACAAACAAGGCAAACUUGUUCGCCAAUCUCCGCGCGAAUCGACUAUUGAAACUGAGAAUGAAGUUCUGCCGGGAUACGGUGACCAUAUCUUGGACCAGCUUUACGAGGACAGUGACAAUUGCGAAAAUGUUGGACCUCAAUUACAAACAAGCAGUUCGGCCGACUUGCGGUAUGGGGUGGACUCUUUGCACAGUCAUAUUGCCCAUACCGAUCAAACGGCUACUGCAACUGCCUCACAGCCGCGAACUAGUGUUGGAGAUUCAUCUCACAGCCCACCUGACCCAAUUGAUCUGGGCUCAAACACAUUCGAGGAACUGAGCCGAAUUCCAACCUACCGAACUGCCGUUCGAACACCCUUACAAACCCAUCUCCAUUUUGGGAACGUCCUGCUUCCAGAUUACCAAACAGCGGCAGGAAGCCCCAACCACAACAGAGGGCCCCCUCGCGGAUCAACCCCGUGAAGCCUCCCUCCCAACGGGUACGCCAUAAUUCUUGAAAACGCUACGCACUGUUAGUAUGUUAUGGUCUAAAGUGAAGGAGGUAAACCAAAACACCGCCCGAUGAUCAAGACGACGCAGCCAGUGAAGACGGACUGGCAUCAGCUAAGUCUUUUGUCAAAUUAGCUACAUGAAUUGCGCCAAAGCCGAACACCCAAUUAGUAAUCAACGGCAAAAUAUUAAUAGAGGUAGUAAAUUACUGGAAGUUAAAAUCAUGAGAGGUGGA